CCCAGUGACUGCUGGGAAAUGGAGUCCACGUUGUCUUGGAAAGUAACGACCCAGUUAUCCCUAGGACUCCAUUUCCCAGAAAGCUCAGCGUGUGCUAUGUGUAGUGUGAGCAGCGUGUGCUAUGGAUCCGCUUGUGGCAGAGCUCAAGCAGAAGGUUGAAGACACAUUGUGUCCUUUUGGCUUCGAGGUUUACCCCUUUCAGGUGGCCUGGUACAAUGAACUCCUGCCUUCAGCCUUCCACCUGCCCCUGCCGGGACCUACCCUGGCCUUCCUGGUACUCAGCACACCUGCCAUGUUUGACCGGGCCCUGAAACCAUUCUUGCAGAGCUACCGCCUCCAACCACUGACCGACCCCGUGGAUCAGUGUGUGGGCUACCACCUGAGGCGUGUCACAGAGAGCCUCCCAGAGCUGCACGUGGAAGUCAUUGCUGACUACGAGCUGCACCCCAACCGGCGUCCUAAGAUCCUGGCCCAGACAGCAGCCCACGUGGCAGGAGCUGCUUACUACUACCAACGACAAGACGUGGAGGCGGACCCGUGGGGGUCCCAGCACAUAGCAGGCGUGUGCAUACACCCCCGAUUUGGAGGCUGGUUUGCCAUCCGAGGGGUGGUGUUGCUGCCAGGGAUCCAAGUACCAGAUCUGCUGCCCAGAAAGCCCCCUGACUGUGUGCCUGCAAGAGCUGACCGAAUUACCCUGCUUGAAAACUUCAAUUUUCAUUGGCAAGACUGGACUUACCGAGAUGCUGUGAUGCCCCAGGAGCGGUACUCAGAAGAACAGAAGGCCUACUUUUCCUCACCACCAGCCCAACGCCUGGCCCUAUUAGGCUUAACCCAACCCUCAGAGGAGCCUAGCACACCCCCUGAAUUCCCCUUUACCAAGCUCACGGAGGAGCCCCACAAGCUCCCCAAAGGCAGAAGCUGGCUCAGCCCCAAUGUCUCACCAUCUGCAUCCCCUGGCCCUUGGUACCAUCACCCCCUGUAGGAACCCACUUAUGGCAAUGCUUGCCAGGACUUAAUUGACUGGCACAGCAAGAGGUUUUAUUUCCUAAAGGAAGUAACUCCUUUGGGUAAAAGAAAUCUUCAAUGAAGAUAAGUAAAGGUUAAGUUAGGUUGUAUAACCAAGUCAAAGACCCAUCCAGGAACCCCCACCCACGUCGGACUGCGGGUGGGACUUGGCCUGUUUGAUCUACAGUCCUCCCCAGGUUAAGGAGUGAUAGCCUUGGGGUAACUACCCCUAAUGACCACAUCGGAUGUGGGGACUGAAUAAAUUGUUUAACACACUCUGAAACACAGGUACUAUGAUAGCAAUCACUAAAGGCCCUAGAAGCUGGGCAUAGUGGCACACACAUCAUUCCAGCACUGGGGCGGCUGAGGCGGG